GAAUGUUCUAAGUAUUGGUAGGGUCUCUUUCACGUGAUUGUGAUUAGGUUUCGUUUCAUAUAUCAAGGGUCCCCACUGAGUACAGACGGAUACAAGCUGUAUAAGAAUCCCAGGUUACUACUGCAGACCGGGGAAACUACAAUAGUCUCCGAGGCUACCUUGAAGAACGCUGCCAACUGCUGCCUUUUCAAAACCUCAUCAAUAUGAGGCAUGGAAACAUUGCACCGUUUCUUGUUUGGUUGAUAGGUACCAGCAUUACAGAAGUUGCGUCCAUAUCAUCACCUAACCUUCCGAUUGCGACCACCCGCCAUGACACAUUGAAGGACUAUAAUACGAAUCUGCGCCCGGAAGAACAUACUGUGAUUAACGUCACCAUGGUUUUAACUUCCUUGAAUAAACUGGAUGUUUCUUCCCAGAUUUUACAAACCACAUUUCUGCUCCACUUGUCCUGGAUUGAUGAACGCCUUACAUGGACACCAACAAAUACUUCAUCUCCAGACUAUAUCAUAUUUUACGCAAAAGAAAUCUGGACACCGCCGCUUGUCGUCAACAAUGCGAUUGACGAUGCAAUAAGCAUCCUCAAGGAAGAAAUCGUCCCCAUGAGGGUGUCAAAUAGGGGUAAUGUUUUGUGGAUUCCACGGCUUUCGCCAACAACAACAUGCUCUGUGGACAUUUCCUAUUUCCCUUAUGACAUUCAACACUGUCACAUCAACAUCACAAGCUGGACACACGCAAACUUUGAAGUUGAACUGAACCCAGUGGAAACUGCCUACUACACGAACAAGGUCUAUCUGGGCUUCUAUCCUGAUGACAAAGAGUGGUUUCUACAACGUUAUGGUGUGAGCAAGCAAGACAUUAUUGGGGGACAUGGUUUUGAUUACACAAACCUCCAAUACUCCUUUGUCUUCGAACGGCAUCAUCCUUUCUACAAAGCCAUGCUUAUUGUUCCGUUUGCUGUCCUUUCACUAUGUUUAUGCUUUACACAUGUGAUUCCAUUGAAAUCUGGAGAAAAAAUAUCUUUUGCCAUCACGACGAUGGUGGCCUUUCAGUUGUAUCAGGUUAUGCUCUCAGAGCUUUUACCACCAAUUGCAGAGUUCACAGAAACUUACACGUUCGGAAAGUACUUGAUGUGUGUAUGGAUUCAUGCAGCCAUUGUCACGAUCGGUACCGCAGUUCAGUUACGUGCAUUCUACUGGGAGGAAGAAGACCCCCCAAAAGACCCCCCAAAAGACAAAAAAAAAACCACGAGAGUGAAAGUUCUGAAAAUAUUAGAUUGUGUUGGCUUCAUUUUGUCUUUUGUGUAUUGGUUCAUUAUAACAACUUAUUUUCUUACAACGCUUACGAAAGGUACAGAUAAGGAAUUACCCGCAAACGUGGAUCUGUAGAAACUAUGCAAAUCCCUAUUUCUGCUUCCGCUGUUUGACUGCAUACUGAAUGAGUACAGUGUUUUUGUAAACUAAGCUUUUGGUGCCUAGUCAAUUUAUCAUCUUUUAGCCAAUAAAUUGGUUUAAAAAGUCAUUGGAAAAAAGCUCUAAAUGAAGAAAAUGUGUUUCAUAUAAUUUGAAAAUGAGUGUGCAAACGCGUAAAGGUACGUAUUUCACGAAACAAAAUAGAUCAUUGUGAAAUUACAAGGUUAUAAAAUGUUCAGAAAAGUUUGCCGACCGAGACCGACGGGCAAAACAACCCUGAAAUUAGAAAAAUAAAUAAAAUGACUUGUGACAAUUGUUUUUUGACUCACAAUAAGGUGAAAUAAAAAAACACCAUGAGACUUUGUCACAGCUGUGGGUAUGAAAUGGUGAAUAGUACGUAUACAAAUCUUUAUUAUAACAAGAAACCCAAUCAAGUAUCGUUCGGUAUAGCUUCCUUCUAUGAUGUUGUGACCUACGAGUUUGUUUUUCAUUCAUCAGAAACAGUACUAAUCUGGAAGAUGAAUAUUAUUAAAACAUAUUUCCACCACCUACAUGGAAUUUUAGGACAAAAGGUUUGUAAACCAACAAAUAAAAAAAGCCUUAGAUGAUAGUUCUAACUUUCUUAAUCAGGCUUUGUGUAAUCAAACAUUUAUGAAUGCAGGUUAUAAUAUUAGAGAGAGCAUGGGUGGCACAGUGGUCUAAGGCGCCGCAAUUCACAGUGCAGUGUUGCGUCCUUUGGGUGUGCCAGAAUCCUUUUACAAGUGGCAAACGUCUGAGACCUAUAUGGACAUCAUUUCAACCUUUCAUCCUACGUUAAACUGACCCUAAUAUUUGUUAAACCCAACACAUUCACAAAAUUGAGUGAUUAUUUAGAAAUUUGGCAAAUAUAUUCUUCAGGUUUGUACAGACAAUUGCGUUUGUGAAGACCAGUGCAAAAUCAGUAUCUUACUGUACAAGAGCGUUACUGUAGGAUUGACUGGUAUGCAUUUGUGACCAGUAGAUGACAGAAAAACUGAGCAGGAGUAAGGCAUAGCUACUGUUUGUUCAGCUAUGUGAAAGCUAUGUAUAUUGUUGUGGGAUCAACAGAGCUGAUUAUCAUAUUUGCGUAGUGUUCAUGUUGUCAGUCACAAAUUCAUUCUUAUGCUACCUGAAUUUUUCUCGGCAUUGUAAAACCUAUGACCAAGCUAUGUAUACGGUGUAUUACUUACCUACUCAGCAACAGUUAGUGAAAACAUUUACAAAACAAGUCUGGUCAAACAAGCUAUGAUUAUUGAAAUCACUGAGUUUGAUCUAAUGCCAAUCUAAGGUCACAAUUGUAGUAUUUAAAUUUUAUCACCUAAAUGAGUAUUUUGUUUUUAUUCUUGAAUCUUGCCUGUAAAUUUGAGUAGCUGAAAUUGUGUUAAAGUUAAGUUGUUUGUUCUAUUGUUAUUUGCUGAGAAAAGUGUGCAAAUAUUCGUGUGGUCUGCCAUUUUGCACUUUUCCCUCGAGACAUAAAUUUUUUUCGGCUUCGGUAUAUUUAAAAAAAUACUUUAAGAAAUUGUAAACAUUAUAAGUCACUAUUGUGUACAUUUUGUAAAGACAAUUUUGAGUAUCUACACACCUGGGUGAUUUUUUGGUGUUGGCACGUGGUCCUGGGUGCAGUGCACGGGUCACAAAGAAGGUGAAAUUAAGCAAAGUUGGUCUCGGAUAGUAGUUCGGCAGCUUGACUCCUGAGAAUUCCUAGAGCUUGGGUCCUGCCCAACACUGAAGCAUAUAUAGCACAUGUCUGAGGCACUUCAAUCUUUAUAUGAUAAUGUGAAAUGCAGUGUACGUAUAAAUGGUAUGCUUUACACCCUGGUUUAAUGUUAAUCGGGGCUUAAAACAAGGAUGUUUACUAUCGCCAAUUCUGUUUAACUUUUUUAUUUAUGAUUUACUUGACAAGCUAAAUGAAACUAGUAUUGGUAUUUGUGUUGAUGAUAUGACUAUUGCAGCCUUAGCAUAUGCUGAUGAUCUGAUUUUUCUUGCAGAAUCGGCAGAUGAUUUGAAUCGCCUAUUACAUGUUAUGAAUACAUGGUGUGUUGGUAAAUAGUAUCCUUAUUAAGAAUGACAGAUCCAAGACUGUACACUUUAGAAAUGUAAGCGUUCCAAUAACAACAGCCUUUUUGUAAUAUUGGUAACUCUGUUUUAGAUACUGCUGAUUGUUAUAAUUAUCUAGGCCUACUGCUCACGGAACAUCUUGACUACAAUGCUAUAGCAAAAGCAGCAGCUAUAUCGGCUAACAGAGCAUUAGGUCUUCUUAUAUGUAAAAAUAAGGCAUUCUGAGGUAUGCAAUCCACAACUUAUUCCAAAUUGUAUGAUACGAUGGUUUGGUCAGUCUUGAGUUAUGGGGCAUCUAUCUGGAGUCAUCGUGUCAUUUCUACUGUUAGUGCCGUUCACCAUCGUGCUUUGACAUUGUUCUUAGGGUGGGUAAAUACGCUCCAAAUGCUGCUGUUCAUGGAGAUAUGGGAUGGAUUCCCCCAUUAGUUAGACAGUGGAUGUGUAUUGUUAGACAGUAUUGUCGUUUUACUAAAACGCCCUAUAGAUUGAAGAAGUAUGUUUUUAUGUGGUCUGAACGGACGUGUGAAAAACUGGAAUUUUCUUGUGAGGGCAGAGCUGAACGAAUGGAGUUUUAAUAUUUCUCAGAAUGUAAGCGUGAAAAGUGUAGUUGUACGUGUGCAUGGUAUAUGCGUGGAAAAGUAUGUAUCUGAUUGGAAUGAACUGUUAUGCACGCCUGGCGGAAGAACGGGUAGUAAUAAAUUACGUACGUACAGAAUGUUUAAAGAUGUGUAUGGGUGUGAAAGUUAUGUAAGUAUGUAUAUGCCUCGUUCUUACCACUCUGCCUUCUCCAAAUUUAGAUCAGAUACUGCUCCUCUAAAGUUGGAAACAGGCAGAUCUACGAAUAUGAAUGUGAAUGAAAGAGUGUGUUUUUAGUGUAAGGAAAGUAUUAAGGAUGAAUCUCAUGUAUUGCUCGAUUGCCCUGUGUACGAUGAUCUCGUAAACGUUUAUACGUAAGGUCAGUUUUAGCUAUUUCAACUUACUAGAUAUAAAUAAUACUGAUAAGCUUAUUUUACUUUUUAAAUAUUAUCUAUAUUUUAUAGCCUACACCUGCUUUAAAUUAUCACGCUAGUGACCGGAAGUAUAUUUUAUAUACUCCUUUUACACUAUUAUAUUCAUGUUGUAUAUACUGUGAUAUAUUUUAAGUCUCUAGUCACCCUUAACGGGUGGCUCACUUAUAUGUACUGUUAUAUGUAUCUAUGUUAAUAUUGUAGUGAGGUGAGACUCAAAUAAACAAUCUGUCUGUC